AUGUCGGACAUAAAUACAUUAGCAUUUACUAAAAUGUUUCUUCAUCUAGCUAAAUAUCCUGAACUAGCUGUCAACGGUAUUUUAUUAAGUGAGAAAACAAGUUCAGCGAGUGAUGAAGCCGAUUCCUCAUCGUAUCUUCACUUUGUUGAUUGUAUUCCACUAUUUCAUGGUAUUCUAUCUCUAUCACCGAUGCUAGAGAUUGCAUUAUCACAAAUUGAUGCUUAUUGUUCAUUAAAAAAAUUAACUAUUGCUGGUUAUUAUCAUGCAAACGAGAAUUACUCAGAUCCGAACCCAAACUUUACAACUUUGAAAAUAAUGGAGAAAAUCAAAGAGAACAAUCCAAAUGCAGUGUUAUUUAUGAUUGACAACAGUCUGGUAGAUUUGACGGAAAAUGAUCGAUUUUAUAACGUUUUUACAUUAUCUGACAGAACGUGGAAGAAUGUUACCGAUUCACACAUUGUCAAUGAUGAAAGUCGAUUGUCUGCUAUGCAAUUGGUUAACCGUAAGCAACAUCGUCAAUUGAUUGAUUUCGACAAUCAUUUAGAUUCUAUUUCGAACGAUUGGCGCAACCCACAUAUCCGUAACGAACUGAACGCCGCAUCAUUUUAG